GUCAAGGCGGCGAGCAUUUCUCGGAGAAGCCCCUCUUUGCAGAAAAGCUUGUUCCAGCACGCGAACAGGUUGGUCUGCAGAGGCUUUGGUCAGGCUCUUGCAAAACAUGGCGCUGCACAGCUCGUCGUCGAGGCCAUGCGGCUCUCGCCCCUUGAUGCCGGUCUCCAGCGAGUUUCCUGUGAGGUGCUGGCUGCACUGGCACGGUGCGACCUGGAUGGCAUAAUCCGUGCCGGAGGACUCGAUGCCACCGUUCAUGCACUACGACGCCACCAACCCUACGCAUGGGUUUGCACGGCUGCUUUGCAGACGCUGCUGGUUCUGUGUGUGCAGAAGAAGCAGGAGAUCUCAAACUUGACGGAUUUGUGGAAUCUGACAAUGGGAACCUUGCGUCAGCAUCCCAAAAGCCAGAACAUCGUCAAAACGGCGAACGAAAUGCUAAUGUUCCUGUCCAAGUAUGAGGCAAAGCAGGUCGCAAGAGAGGUGGGUGGGAUUGCGGUCAUCACGUGA